AUGGCUUCGAGCAGCUUUCAGCAGCUGUUUCUACGACCGAGGGCCACGCGCGCUGCAUCUUCAGUGCGAGGCCAUUUGAGACUCGUGCACUCUUCGCUGCUGCUGCGGGGCGGCGCACGGACGCCUCUUCUGCCGUUGGAGCCGGAGAGCUUCUGGCGCUCGACUCUGCCCUCUCAGUCGCUGCUGCGCCGAUUGACGCGGGGAGAGGUGCAGCAGGAAGGACCACGCCGACUGCGACGAGAGUCCGAGGAGGAUGUCUGGGGCCAGCUGACUACCAGAGGAGCAGAUGAGGCCUUCUCUGUGGGGAGGCGACUGGAGUCUUGGCUUGCCGAGCAGAACGCUGCAGAUGACGCUGACACAGAAGAUGACGCUGGGGAGGUCAAACAGGAGCUGCAGACCACUGUGAUCACAUCUCCAACGCAGCGUGCCAUGCUGACGGCUCGGGCAGUGGUCAGCGCGCUGCUGCCCCGCAGUCAACGAGCAGACGCUGCAAAUGUUCGACUACGCCUGGCUACCAGAGCUUUGCGGGUUGAUGCAGAAGAUGCAGAGGCGCUAACAGCGGAUCCAGACGACGAGCAUGCAAAGCAGGAUGCCGGAUUCAUGGAGGGCGAUGGCCACCGGGAAAAGGUGGAGAGUGCGCGUGAGACUAAGCGGCCCAACCCUCUCGAGGAUGCCGCGCUGGAUCUUGCUGAGCUCUUGGGGCAAGAUCCUCAGGCCUUUGAAGGAGCGCGGGGCAAUCCGUGA